UUGCAGAACUGUAAGUAGCCAAUUCAAUGAAAGGCUACAGCGCACAGCCAAGUUGAGCUCCACCCACAGAAAGUCCGUCUUGUUGACUAUAUAAACUGUGACCCAUCCUCGGCACAUUCACUGAAGCUGCAGGGUUUUCUAUGAUCGGCCAAAUGGUUGUCCAAGUUAAAAGCAACUCCAAUCCCUGCAGCAAGGCCAUGGAUGGCGCCAACGUUCUGCUGCUUGGCGCAGAAAAUGUUGGAAAAUCAGCUCUCACUGUGCGGUUUCUAACAAGAAGAUUUAUUGGUGAAUACGGAGAUAUUGAGUCAAUAUACAGUCACAUCGACAAAAUCGAUGGCCGAGAAAUAUCUUUCAACAUAUGGGAUUCGUUGUAUCCACAGAACUGUGUCACACCUGAGUCUAUCAGCGAUAAACAACUCCAGUGGGCUGACGGAGUGAUUCUGGUCUACAGCAUCUGUGACCGCGCAAGUUUCGACGUGGUACGGCAACAGGUACAGCUCAUCAGACAGUCGAGAAAGAUGUCAGCCAGCGCGCCGAUGAUUAUAGUCGGAAACAAACGCGAUCUUCAGCACCAGCGAGCAGUCUCAAGUGAGGAGGGUCGACUCUUUGCCUUAUCGGCAGACUGCAGUUUCUUCGAGAUAUCUGCUGCCGAGGCCUACCAUGGUGUGAUGCUUGUAUUUCACGAACUGCUGGAACUGAUCCAAGAGUCCAGGGCACUCAAAAAAGGUGUUAUUGGCAUUAAGGGGAUUGUGAGGACCGUGUCCGCCGUGUUUGGGAAGAAACGAGUCGAAUAGAUCCCUAGCCUAGGCCUAUAUAAGUAACGUUAGUAGCCUACAGAGAAAGAGAGAAUAGAUUGGCCCAGUUGGUCGGCAAAAAGGCCGGUCGCCGAAGAAAGCUUGGGCUGGCCAUGAUGAUGGGGGACAAGCCCUGAAAGAUUACAAAAAGGUAAAAGUAUGUUGGAAGUUAAAUGGUCAAGUGACAAACGAACCUGCAAAGGCCUUCGAUUUACAGUGUGGGACAGGAACCCUGCUGAGAAUUAUUAGUAGCCUAUCUGGAAGGUAGGCCUUGUGCUUUGAGCACACCAAAUGUUAUCAUGUGGUGCCGACUUGCCUCUCAUCUGAUGUUCAUUGUGCGAAAAUCUGAAGACUGGUGGACUUCUGAAAGUGUUAAAAUCAUGAUUUGGGUUACUGUCAAUCUAAGGCAGAUUUCUCUAUUGGUGCUAUGCAUCAGCAUUUUGUGAAUAAAGAUUGUAUAAGGAG